AUACAUCAUUAUUUGAUCGUAAGCACUGCACAUUAUUCAAAAUAUUUUCAAUCGUUAAGUGUACACGUGAUUUCGAUUUAUCAAAUAAUAUAGGUAGGCAUUUCGUUCAACCCGUUUCACUCGACAUGUAAUGCGGUUCGCGUCUCAAAUAUUUUCACAAAAAUAAGAUGCUAGCGUUUAUCACAUUAUUUGCGAUUUAUUUUUCAUCGUUUUGAUAAUAAAUACACGUCAUAUCAUAUUAUUAUAAAACGUUUUUGUUAAAAAAAAAAAAAUCACCAUCGGCCUAAUAUUUGCAAUAACCGAAAUAGACAGGACGCCGUCGAUGACCCGUACAGAAGAGGUGCAUCAGUAUUAAAUCGAUAGUCAAUAAAACACCUACUGUAGAAUCAUGCAAGUCCGACACGUCAUUGUGUUGAUGCUGUUGUUGGCGGCGGUACCGUUACAAAUGUACCUGAUCAAGCACAAUCAAAACUUCAAACACUUAGUAUCGGAAAUCGUGAAGAACAUACCGAAUGACCUGCUGCAGCUGUCCAUCCACGUUGCCGGAUACAUCCACGUUGCGAAAAAUUACCUGCUUAGCACAUUCAACUAUUUAAGUCAAUCAGAAUCAUUUAAAGAUGAUUCAACAGAAGACCAAGAAGUACCAAAAAACUUAAUUCGAAACUUUAGACCACCUCAUUUAGAAUAUAGAAUUGGACAAAUAGUAUUGACGCAGACUAUGAUAGCUGGCAUUAUUGUUGGAUGGAACAUUGAUAUAAAAGAUCUGACUAAAGAACCAGAAUACUUCAUAUUAACAGAAUUUCAUGAAGAAUUGAUUAAAAUAGACCAAGAUAAAAUACUAAUUCAAUUGGAAAACAUCAAGAUAGAACACAAAGAGAUAGACCUAUAUUUUGAAGAUUUUGAUGGAGCUAGAUACAUACCAAAGAAAUCGUUACAAAAGAUGUACCCUAAAGACUAAGUCCACUGUCAAGCCAACUGUAUAAAUACAUUGGCAAUAAGUAAUCUAGAUAAUUAGUAAUAAAUUUGAAAAAUGUAUGGUACAAUAUUAAGGAA